UAUAUGUAGCUUCCAGCCUCUUCACUUUCACACUCUAGAAAACUUUUUACUCUAGAAAACGGUGGAAACAACAGAGUCUGUGGGGCUUCUUUCUUUCACCUUAGGUGGGGGUUAGCUGGAGAAGGGUGAGCGGUGAAAGUUUUUACGGCCUUUUUGAAGCGACCAAGAAAUUCCAGCGCCAAAGCACACAAUCCAAGCAGGCAAUCCUGACAGGGAUGUCUUUUUCCCUGGUUAUUACGCAGUAGCUCGUCCGUUGUAAGUUGCAAAUCAAGAGCGGAGUUUCAUUUCCUUCGUAGUGACGAGUAGUUAGUGACUUGGAGUUUAGAAUAGUCAAUAGUUGAAUCUUUCACUUUUUGCCAUAUGCAUGUAAUGUUUUCUUCUUCAAUAGAUGAUAAUGAUGAUGUUUGAUGGUGCAAAAGCAAAACUUUUUCUUGUUUUAAGUAAAAAGGUUCUUGCUUUUCUUGAAAUGAUAAUCAAACAGAAGGGGAAGGAUCGGAAAGAAGAAGCAGGGAUCCGAUGCGAGGAGAGGGUAUGGAGUUGACCAGAAUCCAAAUCCUUUUGGUUACUAAGGCUAUGUAGCCUUUUUUUUUUUUUUAUUCCUGUUUUUCGUUUAGAGUGCUGAUUUAAGAAAUAGUGCUGGGUGAUAUUAGAAUAAAAGAUGAGCAUCCCCUUGUUUUGUUGGUUUUAUAUGAUAAAGUCGAUUGGUUGUCUUUUUUCUGUUUAAAAAGAACUAAUUUGUCCGGGAAAAGUACUAAUCUUUGAGUGGUGAUGCUUGUCUCAUCUGACUCUACUUUUAAUUGUCUAUAUUAUAAUACUAAUUUGCUGGGUUGUUGCUGCUGGUGUACCACUUAAUAGUGCAUAUGCCAUUGACCUGAUGGACUCGAUUUUGCCGAGGGGACAAUCUAAGAAUCAGAAGAUUCUUAAGGGAGCAGAUGUCUCCAGCUGCAGCAAUGUACCAGACAGAAUCAGCACUUUACCUGAUGCAGUUCUUGGUCAAAUACUCUCUUUUCUUCCAACCAGAUUCGCAGCGCAGACAGGGGUUUUGUCAAAAAGAUGGAAGAAGCUUUGGAUUUCGGUACCCACUCUUGAUUUUGACAUAAAACUGCAAGACAGAGGUAACAUGGCUAAGUUUGAUGGCUUUGCAAAGAGUGAUGAUAUUCAGAGUUUUACCAACUUUGUUGAUCGCCUUUUGUUCGUCCGUGACCACUCGAGCAUUCGAGAGUUCAGAUUCUCAUUUGAUGAUAGAUUUGACCCUAGACGCUUUUAUGCUUGGAUGUGGAUUGUGAUAAUGUCUAACAUUGAAGUGCUUGACCUUGACAUGAGAUCUCUUGUUGGUAUUAGGGAGUUGCCAUGGAGUCUUUUUUCGUCUAAAUCUUUGGUAGUUUUGAAACUCAGUGGGCGGUUCCUGCUCGCCAUCCCAUGUACCGCUUCUUUUCCAAGACUCAGGACCCUUUGUCUUAAAUAUGUCAUGUACGUGAGCGAUGCAUCAAUAGAAGAGCUGCUUUCUGCUUGCCCUGUCCUUGAGGACUUGCAAAUAACUAGGGAAAGAUGGGACAAUGCUGUGAAUAUUGUCAUCGCACAGCCUUCACUGAAGAGGUUGACUUUCGAAUCGUAUGGUGACACGAGCAUGCAAUCAUCGAAUAGAGCUGGUGGCAGAAUCAAGUACAAACUACUUGUCAAGGCACCGAAUGUGGAGUACAUGAAACUGGUGGAUUUUGCAUCAGAUGAUAUGGCGGUUGAACACAUGCCCUGUGUAAAUGAAGCAAAUAUCAACGUCAACAACUUGGGAGAAGAGGUGGGUUGGACGAAUAUACAAAGACGCAAUUAUGGAAAAAAGAUAUGCGGAAUACUUGGAAGUCUCUGCAAGGCCCUACGUGCAGCUUCUGAGAGCAGAGUCCUAUUAUUUCACAACUUGGUCCACCUGGUGCUGGGUUUCGAUUAUUUGCAUGGCCCGAUACUGCUUCCAGGUUUUCUUGGACUCUGUCCUAAUCUGGAAAGCCUCGUCUUUCCUGACGGGAUGACAUGUACCUGCCUGGACGUGGGGGUUGAAAAUAGAGGGCACGUCCCAUACUUUUGGGAGCCUCCAGAAGUUGUGCCUGGAUGUUUGCUGCAUACGCUAAAGAGCAUUGAAAUUGAGUCCUUUUGCGGGGAAGAACCAGAAGAAUUGAAGUUGGUGAAAUUUUUGCUGGAAAAUGCAAUGGUUCUGAAGGAGAUGACGCUCGUUUGUCAUGCGGAUUGCGUUGACAUGUACUCCUUUAGAGAUGAGUUGAUGGCAUAUAAAAGGGGCUCUGCUGCUUGUCAAGUUUGCAUACUCCCUGAGGCUGGGGACGAAUAAAUGGACUCACUCUUCUGAUCUCGGAGGAGGAUCAAGAUACUUUUUGUUUUUGGUUUUUUGUUGGAGGUUAGCACUAUACUGUUCUGCCCACCUCGGGUUCUUUUGGUCAUGGAACCACAAAAUAUUACACUGCCAAGAAAAACGAAAAACGAGAAUACCCGCUCCUUUUGGAAGACUCUGUAGUGCUGCUCUUUACUGAUUAGUACGACUGCCAUGAUUUUUGUUGGGCAAACUCUCUGUAAUGAUCGACUCACAUGAUUUUUGUUGGGCAAAUAUAAUCGUUAAUAGUUGGAGGAGCCCUUUGUAGUGUUUGGUUUGUGCUUUCACAGACAGAGAUUUAAACUUUCAUGAGUCGAUUAUCGCAGACGAGAGCAAUGAAUGGUGCUGCAGUAAGAGGAGUUGGGGGGGAUGAGUCAAUCCGAACUUGCCCCCCUUAUCUCCAGACUGGGCAAAAUCUUGACUGUGUCCUA